AUAAUUUCACACGAAUGGGAAUGGUAUCCAUAGAACCCUAAGAUAUUUCUCCUCCCUGAAACCUGAAAGGAACCCUAAUGGCAUCCCCCUGGAAAACGAUAUCGGACGACCCUCUCACUUCCCGCAAGCGCCUUCUCUCCGAUUGCGCCAAGACGCCGUUAUCGUAUGGUCACUCUCCCCUUAAAAAGACCCGGGAACUCCCCAACUUAACCGAAUGCCAAGCCUGUGGAACCCGAUGUGACAACGCCAGUAGCAAAAAGCAGAUUCAAACGCUUUACAGCGAGUGGCGCAUUGUUCUUCUCUGCCCAAAAUGUUAUAAUCGUGUUGACUCAUCUCAAAUCUGCUCUUAUUGUUUCAAAGAUGCAUCCGAAGAUUGCUUUUAUUGUGCCCAAUGUAAGCGUUCCCUUCACAAAACUUGCUUUUCAGAUUUCAAAUAUGUUCCGCCGUGGUCAUACUCUGUUUGUGGUUCGGAAUUUACUGUUUGCAUUGAUUGUUGGGUCCCUGAAAAGAUUGCUUGCAAAAGGGGGAUUUUUAGGCGCGAAAUAAAUGCUAAGAAUCCUAGAGUUUCGGAAGUUAGGAAUGGUGAGGCAGCUAAGUUGUUAGAAGAUGUGGUGAAAGAUGCUAAUUGUGCAAUGGGAGAGAUGGUUGAGGAUGCGUUUAAUGCAAGGGGACUGGCCAUUAGCAAAUCCGUUGUGGCCAACCAGGUGAAGGAAUUGGAAAACAGUGAACUGGAAGAGUGUGAUGAUGCCGAAUUAGCAUUUCAAUUGCAUAGGGCAAUGAAUAGUUCACCUAGGAUAUCGAAAAAUAGAAAUUUGUCUACUGAUAAUGGCUUAUAUACUUUGACUGCUGGUAGUAGUAGGGCUUCGAGUUGUUUGAAACAAACGAAGAUGGUUUAUGCUCAUAGAAAGAAACCAGCUGAGAUAGAACCAAGGGAUAUAGUUUAUGCUCUCCAUAGAAAGAAAUCAGUGCAAAUAGUUGAUGCAUGGCCUAGAAAAAAAGCAUGUAAGAAACUUAAUGCACAACAUAGAAAUAAACAGAAUGAGAUGGUUUAUGUACAACGUGGAAAGAAACCUUAUAAGUUUGUUUAUAAGCGGCGUAGAAAGCACAAUGAUAACAAGGAAAAAUCUGGUGUUGAAAUGGGAUUGGAGGAGAAUGAAGAUAUAUGGUCUAGUUUGUUGUAAAAAUGUAGGGUUGAUGCUAACUCGAAGUCUGAGUCUAAACCUUAUAAUUACCAAGAUGAACCUAUAUUAUUUGAUGAUAUGCAGUAUUAUGGGAAGCUUGUGUAAUAUUUCUUAACCUACAAUAGGAAGAAAUCAAAGUGGAAGGGAACUACAGUUGCCAAAAUUGAGUUCCUUUAUGAUGGAUAUAACCUUGAAAGUCAGGUUUCAUCUUCUCAAUUGCCUGAAUCUUUAUUGAUCUCGACUAGUUCUCUUCAAUGUUUUGCUUUUCCUCAUCGAGCUGCAGCUGCAAGUGACUCAUGUCAAGAUCCCCCCUAGAGUGACAAGUGUUCACAGCACAUCUUGGUGCCCUUGAUGAUAGUUGGUUAUCUUUAUUUGUGCCAGUGGAGGAAAAGUGCUAUUUUAAGUGGGUCUGUUAGCUUUUGGAGUCUUUUGGUUGCUAUUUAAAAUGUCUUCCAAUCAUGGGCGUAUCCACAUAUUGGAUUGGCAUGGACUUUGAGAUCUCCAUAGGGGGAUAACGGUCAUAAUCACUCUUCAAUAUCCAUGACAUAUCAGGUUGUCCCCCGGACAAGACAUGGACUCAAUCAUAUUAUGGAAUCUUUCUUAUUGAUCUGAAUGCCUGGACAAAUUCAACACUCGAGCUCCAAUGUGCAAAGCUUUCGCAAUUGUCUUUAAAAGCUUGUUGUUGGGCAAAACCCCAUACUCUUGCAAUCACAUGU